GGGCGCUCGCUUAAGUCUGCAAUGGCAAUAGGAAGCCUCGAAAGUGGGAGAGGCAGUAAAGUUUCCGUCCAUCCAGGACCUGUUUCCCGCGUCAUGUGUUACACGGCGGCGACGAACCGAAUCUCGUAGAGGGCGGGAAGACUCUUGAGCUGAGGCAAAGACAUUUCUCCUAGCACAGCGCUUGUCUCAGAACCGUAUUCGCAAGGAAAAUUCUGGAUGCCACGGCUUCCAUCCGCUCUAAAGCAUCCGGUUGUUAGCUGCCGCCGCCUGGGCUGCAAAUGGCGGCCGUAUGCAGGAUUCGAGUCAGGAGAAGCAACCUGCUGCUCCUCACGAGAGAAGAAGUCACAUGCCCCUGAGCAGAGUCCUCGGCAGGAACAUGCAGUUGCCUUGCAGUAUGCCUGUGUCACACAAUUCUGUUUGUUGUUCAGCCCUGUGUCUCUAAACGCCGGCCUGUGUUACCUUUCCCAAUACGCUAUCGUGAUGUUUGGACGAGCACUAUUGCACAAGGCACCUGGUCGGAGUCGCCCGAGUGACUGGUGUAUCCCUUGCAACUGCGGGCUCAAUCUGGAGGCUCAGUAGAUAAAGGAGCAAAGGGGAGAGAAGCUAUGUGUCAUGCUAAAAGAUGGACCACAGCUCACCUGAAAGAAGAGGGAAAAAAGACAUACGAUGGCGUUGACAUGUGAUGUUCAUUUUAUUUCUGCAUAGCAAAACGCGCACGGGC